ACCGCCUCCCGGCGCCCGGGCAUGGAGGACGCGCACCGGGCCGCCCGGCUGGCCGCCUCCUGCCUCCGCACGCCGCUCGACCCGCGCACACGGGCUCCCGCCGCGCUCUACGAGCGGGGACCGCCGCCCGCCGCCGCGCAGGAUGGCUUCGACUUGGAUUCAAAUACUAACAGAGAGCAGGCCUCCCCUCCAAAGAGAGACUGUGACACGUGGAUAGACUUUUCCAAAAUGUACAAUUCAAAUCAAGAGUAUUACUUGAAGCUGGAAGAGUUGAAGAAUGCCCACAUGGAGACAAUGGCAAAACUGGAAAGUAUGUAUCAAAACAAACUCUAUUUAAAAGGAGUACAAGCCUUGGAUAAAAGAAAUGACACCUCUCCAAAGUGCUGUAGGCCAACUUGGGACAAGAGUUCAUAUCAGCCUCUUAACCUGCACAAAUCCUUUUCAGACUCAGACUUAAGUGAUCCCUUGGGCUCGAGCGUAUCGGACACGUCUGAUGAAGAAUUAGUGUUUGAAGAAAACUGCAGCGGAGCUGGAUCAUCCUUAUUUGCUAAGCAGCAGAUUGAAAAAAUGUGGGAUGGCUUCUGCCUGGAAGACUACAUUUCCCAUGCCAAGCACAGCUUGCCCAGCUCACCAGCCUGCAGGAAGGGGCACAAGAAAGAGAAAGUGUGGUCCCCCAGAGUCACCGUGCCCAAGCCCUUCCAGAUGACCAUCAGAGAAGCUCAGAAGAAAGAGCAGAAUGUCAAAUCCAAGUCACAGAUUGAGCUGGAAAAUCACUUACUGAAGAAGCAGCUGGAGGAGGAAGCAGAGUGUCAGAAAAAGUUCCGAGCCAAUCCCGUGCCCGCCGCCGUCUUCCUGCCGCUCUACCACGACAUUGUGCAGCGGAACGAGGAGCGCAGGAGGUCUGUGAGGGAGAGGAGCAAGCUCAAGCUCCUGGCUACCCAAAAGCCCUUUAAAUUCAUUGAGCGAGAGAGGCAAAGGCAUGAAGCCAGGAAAAUGCAGUUAAAAGACCUUUCCCUGCCUGAAAAUAAAACUAAAGUGUUCAGAGCGAAACCAGUCCCAAAAUGUGUUUAUAGUCCAGAUUUCCGUGACAAGGUAAAGGAGGAGGAGCUCUGCAGGGAAAUCAGGAUCAGGAUGAGAGCUGAGGAGCUGCUACAAAAUUCAUCUGUACCCAACAGCAGACUGGCCUUAAAAGAGACCAACAAAAAGAAGAAACACAAGAGCACUGAAGCAAAGCGAAUGGAACACAAGCUCAAGAUCAAAUCGAGCAUUCCCGAUUUUGAACUCCUACAUGAGAAAUUCCAGAAACGCCUCCUGCAACAAAAAAAAUUAAAACCCCUCACAGUCUGUGAGCCUUUCGACCUCUGUACUUCAUACAUUCCCUCAAAAAAGGACAAGAUCUUGAAGGACAUGCAAGAGGAUGAGGAAAAAUUGAAGGAAACAAGGUGGCCAUUUGCCUCUCCAAGACGGAAGCCUCAGAUGGGGCAGUCAGGGGCAAACCCACAUCUCCUGGGCGAAGGAAAAUCCAAACCUCCCAAAACCACAGAAUCCACGAGACGACGGCUGCAAGCCCUGAGGAACAACGAGAAGCAGAGAAAGCAGGAAUAUUUGCAAGAAUUGCAAGAAAUGGAAGAAAGAGUAAAACAAAUGCCAUUGCUUUUUGAAAGAGUUGCUCAGAAAAAUGCCAGAAUAGCUGCAGAAAAGUAUUAUUCAAACAGACUGAGAGCACUGGGGAUCUGCCCAGAGUUUGUUUCAAAGAAAGGAGGAGCAGCCAAAUCACUGCAGUUCUCCACUGCUGGAGAUUUUACCUCCAGUGCUGGCAGAGCAAGAAUCACCAAGGUUAAAAUGAAAAAAAGGGGAUCCUUUGAGGAAGCAGCUGGUGACAGUCCCCAGUCUGAGCAGUCCUGGGAGGAGGAGGAGGAGGAAAAGAAGGGAAAACGUGUCAAAACCUCCACCCCAGAUGAGCAGUGCAGUGACCUGGAGGAUGGGGGUGAGGCCAGAGCCAGCCCUGAUGUCCUUGAGCCUGAAUGGGAGGAGGAGGAGGAGGAAGCCAGUGCAGACCUGACACUUGGCCAUUCCCAGGAGGAAGAGGAGGAGGAAGAGGAAUCAAAGGCAGGCCCAUUGCUUGGUCAUUCCCAGGAGGAGAAGGAGGAGGAGGAAGAGGAGGAAGAAGCAAAAGCAGGCGCAUCUCUGGACCAUUCCCAGGAGGAGGAAGAGGAGGAGGAAGCCAAGGCAAGCCCAUCCCACGGCCAUUCCCAGGAGGAGGAGGAGGAGCAUGAGUCCAGACCCAGCUCCCAGUCUGACAGGCCCCAUGAGCAUGAGGAGGAAGCUCAGUCUGAGCCCGAAGCUGAGGGUGCCUUCCAGUAUGAGGAUGAGGAGUAUGAGAGUGAUGAUUCUGAGGAGGGGGCCAGUGAUGAGGAAGGGCACUGACAGGAAGGGCUGGGACUCAGGAACCUCUUACACUGCUGGCUGUGCUUUUUGAAGCACUUUUUGUAUUUACAAUGUUGCUUCCUCUAGAAACCAUCCUCUCCUGUUCAUAGUUAUCACAACACCAAGCAGGUUAUGUUCUUUUUAUUUUGGGGAAAAAGCUAUUACCUUUUACAGCUGCUCCAGAUGAAGAGAAUAACAAAAGAAUUCAAAUUCUUGAAGAAAAUACUCAAAGCCAUCCCUGUUUUGAAAUUAAUUAUGGUCUCAUGUAGAAUUCACAAGGCUUCUCUAAUGGCAGCAAGCAAAACAUUUGCCUGGGCUUGGCAGAUUAUGGGCACUUUAAAGAUCAAGAUAUAUUAUUAACAAUUAUAUCAGACACCAGAAAAAAACUUGGUGCUUUGCUACACAUCCAAAAUUCCAUAUUUUUACUUCUUAGUUUGUGAAUUUUUACUUCUUAGUUUAGGAGACCUGCCAGUGCAAGAAUUCUGUUUGUUUUCCAGUAAGAAAGCUCAAGUUGCUAGUUUUCACCUAGAAAAUAAUUUAGUAUUUCUGUAUUACUCUUCUUUGUUGCACUCUUCUGUGACAUGAGUGCACCUCUAUUCUCAAAAUGAGCUGCAACCUCAUUGUUUAAUAAUAAAUUAAUAAAUUACACAGUGUGCUGUGUAACUGCUGAGGGCUCAUACGCAGCUCUUCCCAUGGGCUGGCAAAGCUAUGGCAGAUUUUGGAGCAGGAAUUGCCAUUUUAUCCCUGGAAAAGGGGAGAAAUUUUACCUCAGGUAACUCCAGUUGUAUGAAACUAUGCAAGGAAAUGCUUUAAUACCUCUUCUUAUACACUGGCUACUCAGGAUUUCAACUACUCCACAAAACACUCUCCAAAAAUGUUUGGGAUUUGGAUAUUUUCUUAUAUCUGUAGUACCUUCCCCUACUAUUACUGACUUUCUUGCAAAAAAAAAAUUGUCAUUAUUUUUUCCUCUUUAUUUUGUUAGACAGUUUCUCUAUGUUUGGAAGUUUUUUAAGCAUUCUUACUUUUAUUUAUUUUGCAAAUGUGAACAUAACUAAUGUGAAUUUGAAACUUUUUUUAAACUUGAAUAAAAUAUCUGUGAAAUUAUUAAUCCUUGCUUCA